AUGCAGUUGUCUGUAAUUUUGCAUCUGCUCGAAACCAGUUGCUCUUCUUCUGCUCUCAAGCAAUCGACAAAAAAUUUCUUUUUCAACGAAUAUCGGCAAAGCAGACUUCUCUCGACAAAACAUCUGUCGAAGAUAUUUUUACAACGCGACGUGCGAACACUCAUGUCUGAUGGUGAUCCUGACGGCCAUGUGACAGUUUGUGAUGAUCAGCAAUUUGAAUGUCAUACGCAGUCUGUUGGUUCACCGUUAGCUGCUGGUGAAUUCGCUGAAAUGAAGAUGUUUUUAUCAGUGCACGCUGAAGAAAUCGUACGUGAUGUUUGCUUGAUUGUGAAAUUCAAAGCUAUUUUCUGGAGCUAUCACUUUAUGAAUUAA